AUGUCAACAAAUCAAGCCGAUGUUUCAGAGGCCAUUGAGGCUCCCGAGGUUGCGAUGGAUGAUAGCGUUGACAAGGAGAUUGAAACAAUGAAGAAACGGGUCAAGGAAAUGGAAGAGGAAGCUGCCAAACUAAAAGAAAUGCAGGCUGAAGUAGAAAAGGAAAUGGGUGCUCAAUCUGUCAGUGACAAAGAAGAAGUGGAUUUUCGCUCUGUUUACAUUGGCAAUGUUGACUAUAGUGCCACUCCAGAAGAAAUCCAGGCACACUUUCAAUCUUGUGGUACCAUCAACCGAGUAACCAUUCUGUGCGAUAAAUUUACAGGACACCCUAAAGGAUUUGCAUACCUUGAGUUUGCCGAUGCAGGAUCUGUUGCAAACGCAGUGGUUUUAAGUGAGUCCAUGUUCAAGGGUCGUUUAAUCAAGGUCACAGCUAAGCGUACCAAUGUGCAUGCAUUCUAUUCGCGAGGUCGUCGCGCAUCUCGAGGAUUUCGUGGUGGAUUUCGUGGGAGAGCACCAUACAGGUCUCGCCGAGGAUUCUACUCUCCCUAUUAG